AUGGAGUCCAAUGAAAUUUCCGAGUGUCCAGUUUGCGGCGAAUCCUUCGCAAUGACGUCCAUUGAACAACAUGUCAAUGAAUGUCUAAAUGCGGCGGACAACACGACUCAGCGAUCAAGAAAAAGAAAAUCUUCAGAACUGAGUUCAACAGCGUGGGGAUGCCUCCGACCACAAACUAACCAAAACGAAACUGAAAGUAGUGAAACUGUCAACAAAAGACAUAAAAUCAAUGUGGGGUCUGAAAAUCCCAGAUCGGACUCGCCAAUCGUUAUUGAAGAAGACAGUCGUAGUUCUGGAUCUCCAGACAUUUUGGUAACGGAUUCAAGCAAUGUGAAUGACAAAUCUUCAUCAGAAGACCAAACGUCAACUUCAGAUUCUAGGUCCAAAUCUACCACCAACUCGAACACCAAACAAACUUCAUUUUUUCAAAAAAAGAAAUUGGAGAUGAACGGGGACAAAAUGCCUCAAUCUAAAAGUCAGGGUAUCGAAAUUCUGAGUAGAUCUAGUAACCCUAGCCCAGUUCAACAGGUUGAAAGUUCAUCAAGCUCUUCUAGUUCCAACCUCAAGCAAUCAACAUUUAAUCCAUUUUUUCAAAAGAGAUCCACGACUACGGACACCAAAAAAACAUCAUUUAAGCCAUUAGCAGAGCAGAUGCGACCGUCAUCUCUGGAAAGAUACGUGGGUCAGGAAAAAGCAGUGGGGAAGAAAAGUAUGCUACAUUCCUUGUUGCUAAGUGACCAUAUUCCAUCCAUGAUAUUGUGGGGUCCACCUGGUUGUGGAAAGGAAGUUAUUAAGGUAGCCAAAAAUGAUCAGAAAAUGUUCCGGCGUAAAACUGUUAUGUUUUUAGAUGAAAUUCACAGAUUUAAUAAAACACAACAGGAUUCUCUUCUUCCUCAUGUUGAAGAUGGUACGAUAACAUUAAUAGGAGCUACCACAGAAAACCCUUCCUUUCAAGUCAACAGCGCCUUAUUAAGUCGAUGUAGAGUUAUUGUUCUUGAGAAGUUGUCGACGGAAGCGUUGAAGACAAUAUUAAUACGAGCCGUAGAGGAGUCGGGAGGGAUGAUAUUUCAAUCAGAAGAUGAAAUGGAUAACAGUGAAAGUUGUGAACCAAGUGUUUGGGUAGCCGACCAAGCUCUAGAAGUGCUGGCAAACCUGUGUGAUGGUGAUGCUAGAUCGGCUUUAAACAGUCUCCAGAUGGCGUUACAGUCACAGAUAGCUGAGUGUAAUAACGGCACCAAUGAAAAUAAGGAUGUUGCUAUAGUAACUGUUGAACAUGUUAAAACCAGUUUACAAAGAUCGCAUAUCACAUACGACAAAACAGGUGAAGAACACUAUAACACAGUAUCAGCGUUACAGAAAUCAAUACGAGGCAGUGAUGAUAGUGCUGCCCUCUAUUGGUUGAUGAGGAUGUUAGAAGGGGGAGAAGACCCACUGUAUAUCGCUAGACGAUUGGUUAGAACAGCUAGUGAAGAUAUUGGAUUGGCUGAUCCUCAAGCUUUAAACCAAUCAGUAGCAGCGUUUCAGGCGUGUCAUUUUCUUGGUAUGCCUGAAUGUGGGGUUAUUCUAGCCCAAUGUGCAGUCUAUCUAGCCAGAGCACCAAAGUCAGUUGAAAUCACUGCAGCCUAUUCUAAAGUCAAGAAAUGUAUUCAAGAACACGAAGGACCUUUACCUGGUGUUCCUCUUCAUCUACGUAAUGCUACCAGUAAACUUAAUAAAUCUCUAGGAUAUGGUAAAGGAUAUAAAUAUAACCCAGCGUUUAAAACACCUGUAAAACAAGACUACCUUCCAGAAGAGUUGAUUGGUACAAAUUUCUUUACCUAAUACAUGGAUUGCUAACAAACACUGGAUAUUUUAACGUAUUUGUGAUAUCAUCGAGGAACAAUUUAUUUGGGGAUAUUUUGUGACAAUGUUAAUUGUGGACAAAAUUCCAGUAAAACAAGAUAAUGCAGAUUCUCCAUAUCUCUCUAGGGAUCUAUUUCCAAAUCAUUCAUUGGAAUCAAUUGUGUGGCAGCAGAACAAGACUACCUUCGCAGAGUUACGAUACCUCAGCAGCAUUAUUAUGGUAGCAUUAUGUUUGUAUGCAAGCCAAUUCAUUGGUUGUUAUUUUGGGCUAAACGCUUGUAUAUUUAUAUUUUUUCUAAGUCAAGAAACCUCAAUAAGAAACUAUUUGUAA